CCUAGCAGUCAUUAGGUAACUUAAGGGGAAAGAGCAAUGGGACAAGAAUCAGGAUUCAGAAACAGAAAUGGGCAAUAAACAAACCAUUUUCACUCCAGAGCAGCUGGAUGCAUAUCAGGACUGCACAUUCUUUACAAGGAAAGAAAUUCUGAGACUGUUUUACAGAUACCGAGACCUGGCCCCACAGCUGGUCCCACUCAGCUACAUAGAUAAACCAGAUGUGAAGCUUCCCUAUGAACUCAUUGGCAGCAUGGCAGAGCUGAAGGACAAUCCAUUCCGUCAACGGAUAGCAGAAGUUUUCUCAGAGGAUGGAGAGGGCAACAUGACUUUAGAUGACUUUUUGGACAUGUUUUCAGUCCUGAGUGAAAUGGCUCCCAGAGACCUCAAAGCUUAUUAUGCCUUUAAAAUUUAUGAUUUUAACAAUGAUGAUUACAUAUGCAAAUCAGACUUGGAGAAAACUGUUAACAAACUGACCCGAAAUGAACUUACCCCAGAGGAGGUUUGUCUUGUAUGUGAUAAGGUGAUUGAUGAAGCUGAUCAAGACAAUGAUGGCAGACUCUCUGUGGAAGAUUUUCAGCACAUGAUAGUACGAGCUCCUGAUUUCCUCAGUACAUUUCACAUUCGAAUCUGAAUCUGGUGAAAGAGAGAGAGAGAGAUGAGAACUGCAUCUUGAGUCUGCAAUAUAUCAUUACCAUCUGCUUUCAGAAUUACUUUGCUUGGGGUUACUGUUCAUAUGAAAGAGAGAAAUAAAGAGGACCAAAUAAGGAU